AUGGUUGCCAAGCAGAAAGUACUGCUCCUUGGAGCGACUGGUGAGACUGGCAGCUCUAUUCUAAAUGGGUUGCAAGAAUCUGGCAAUUUUGAUGUGGAGGUCUUAGUACGACCCGCUUCUGCAAAUAAAUCGUCGGUCCAAAAGCUCCGAGAGCAAGGGCUCAAGAUUUGGUCCACAGACCUUGACGACUUUAGCGGGCUUGUGUCUGCUAUGACCGGUACCGACAUUCUCAUCAGUGCUAUCGGACCCAAUGACUUGCUUCAGCAGAAGAAGCUACUUCAAGCCGCCAAGCUUACAGGUGUGAAAAGAGUCAUUCCCUGUGCUUUCACCACGGUAGCCCCUCCAAAUGGCGCUAUGCUGCUUCGUGAUGAGAAAGAAGAAGUCUACAAUGCCAUCAAGUUCUUGGGUAUUCCUUAUACCGUGAUCGAUGUUGGCUUCUGGUAUCAAAUCUCAUUUCCGACCCUUCCGUCUGGGAAAGUGGAUUACGCCCAGAUGGUUCCAGUGAAGACUGUUCAUGGGGACGGGACAGCUCCCAAUAUCCUUACCGACCUACGUGAUAUCGGGAGAUUUGUUGCACGAAUCAUACUCGAUGACCGGACUAUUAACAAAUAUGUCUACACGUUAGGGGAUGUACUUUCCGAGAACGACAUCUAUCGUAUCGCGGAAGAGGUUUCUGGAGAGAAGCUGGAACCAGAUCGUAUAUCGCAUGAAAAUAUCGAAGCCAAUGUAGAGCAAGCUAAAGCUGCUCUCGCCGAGGAUCCUAGCGAUCCCAUGAAGCGCAUCGGCGUUUUCAUAGCCCAGUAUGAGCAUAGCAAGUACGUGCGGGAGGAUAACAGUCCUGGCUAUGCCGCCUAUCUGGGUUAUCUUAAUGCCAGAGAGCUAUACCCAGAUUUCCAGCCAACAUCCUUUCGUGAUUUCUUCGCGGAGGUGCUGGCUGGGAAGGGCAGGAAAGUGUAUUCCUAG